UCCACUCGGGUCGCUUGAGGAGUUGUCUCAAAAACUAUAUAGCAUGAAGAAAAUACUGAGUGUCAUAUUUGUGGCGGUGCAAUUAGUGAGUGUUGCUUUCGGAGCCAAUAUUCUAUGUUUGUUCGGAGUAGCCAGUCCCAGCCAUCACAUUUGGAAUCGUGCCAUAGCACAUGAAUUGUCAUCCAAAGGUCACAAUGUAACAAUCGUUUCGGCGGAUAUAGAAAAAGAUGCACCAUCAAACGUUCACUAUAUUGAGUUGGAGCAAACAUAUCCCGAAUUGUAUAGUGGCCCACACAAUAUUGACUUGCUGGAGAUGGCGAAUGAAAACAUUUUUAUGUCCAUAAAAUCAUUCUAUGACGAAUUCGUUUUUACAGAGUGCAAAGGAAUUCUAAAAUCGAAAGGUCUGGAUUUCAUCAAAAACUACCCUGAUGAUUUUAAAUUCGAUCUGGUUCUCUACGAUAUGACCUGUGGAGGAUGCUUACAUGGACUAUUGCACAAAUUUGGCUAUCCACCAUUGGUCAGUGUAACUGCUUUCAACAAUCCGCCAUAUGUAACCGAUGUCAUUGGAGGACACAAGCAUUUCGCUUACAUUCCCUUCUAUUCGCUGAGCUAUGGCACUGACAUGACCUUCUGGCAACGUAUUCACAAUACACUGUUAUAUGCUACUGACUAUGCGUACCGAACAAUCAUCAGCAAUCCUAAAUUGGAUCGUAUGGUUCGAGACUACUUCCAAUACAAAGACCUUCCAUACGUGCCGGACAUUGAUCGUCUAUCAAAAAUCAUACUUGUCAAUGCUCAUUACUCCAUCGACUUUCCGGAACCAGCUCCACCCAAUCUAAUUCCUGUCGGUGGUCUACAGAUAAAAAAUCCACAACAGCUUCCUAAAGAUAUAGAAGACUUCAUAAUCGCCGGCAAAAAAGGGGCAGUCUUAUUUUCGCUUGGAACCAAUAUAAGAAGUGACGAACUUGGCAAGGAGCGCCAACAAAUGUUCAUCGACGCUAUAAGGCAGAUCCCAGAUUAUAAUUUCUUAUGGAAAUUUGAAUCCGAUUUGGAUUUGAAACUUCCGAAGAACCUGAUCAUUAGAAAAUGGUUGCCCCAGAACGAUAUAUUGGCCCAUCCGGACGUGAAGGGUUUCAUCACGCACACAGGGUUGCUAAGUAUGCAUGAAGCAUCGUGGUAUGGCGUUCCCAUGAUAGGAAUCCCCUUCAUUGCUGAUCAACAUCGGAACCUGGAAAAAUGCAUCCGUAUGGGCGUUGCAGAGCGAGUCGUUUUCCAAACGCUGUCAAUGGAACAGAUUCGUGACACUGUGAAUAAGGUUCUGAAAACACCCAAGUAUCGAGAGAACAUGAAAAAAGUAUCGGCCCUGUUUCGUGAUCAACCAGAGAAACCGCUGGACCGUGCCGUUUGGUGGGUUGAAUGGGUGCUCCGUCAUCCCGACGUAGAAGGCUUACAAUCCCCGGUUUUGAAGUUGGGAUUCCUUAGAAGUAAUCUAAUCGACGUAGUCGCUUUUCUUAUGGUUGUACCACUGUUAGCUCUGUUCUUUUUGAAGAAACUAUUAUUUGGAGGACGUCACGUAGAUUAUGAUAAGAAGAAAAGAUAACGAUUAUUAA